AAAUAAUGCGUAUAAUGCAUACAACAGUUCCAUAUUGUACUCUUCUCAAAUAAAAACUUUUUUGUACUUGAAUUAGCAUUAAGAUGGCUUCUUGAAUCUACAAAUCCUUAGAGAUAAUAUACGGCGCGAAGGAGACAUUCAUUUAUCGUUAAACAAAGCUUUUAAGCGUAUUUUUAUGUUGUUCAUACGUUUCGCCAUAUCUGCUUGAAACAUAACGGAAUAUGAAAUAAAACGGAAAUAAUGCAGGGUUGAAUUCCACUUGCCUCACUGCGUGGGAUAUCUCGUUUCCACCGGGGUGUUUCUUUCACUUCCAUUCCAAACACAUGUGUUUUGACGAUGUGUUGGUGGUGGCUAUGAUUUUGUUGUUUGUGAGCCAUGGUGGUGAGUUUGUUGUAUAUUUGACUUUCGAUGCAUUGCUUUGACUUGCAUGAAAUGAAAUUUUAUAGAACCAUUUUUGUAGUAACGCGGCAGCGGUUUAAUGCAGUUGUAUUUUCGUACCUUUUCAAUUUGUAAAGUGCCGCGUAAUAAAUCUGUGUUUACGCUAGUGAUAAGAUUAGAACGCAUAAAGAGGAAGUGAAUUAGUAAUACUAAAAUAGCAUGCAAUUGAAAAAUUUCAUAUUUUUUAUUUUUAAAAUUGUGUCAUUCACUCCUAUGGAAAACUUCUUGUGAAAGUGGCUUACAUACGUCAAAAGAUCAAUUAAAAUCAAUUUGAUUCAAUUCGCCAACGGCGCGCUCGUAUGGCCCCAGACAAAUCUUAAUGCGCAUGGGUUUCAAGACUCAUACAAAUAGCCGAAUGAGUAUGCAUAGGUUCUAAUUGGACAAUAAUAAAAAAUAUAUGUAUGUACAAAGUGUGCGAAAAAGUGUGUUUGCAGAAAAGCGCAGAAUUUGAGAAACAAUAACAAUAAAGAAACUGAUUUCACCGAAUAACUUACGCAUACAUGUGUAAAUAUAUAAAAAACAAUAGUUUUGAGUAAAGCAUACACAAUGACUGACGAAAGUUUACACACAAUACCGUUGGAGCACAACAUCGACUAUCACAUUAUGUCGCUUUUCGAGCGCUUGGAAGCGAUGCGCAAAGAUUCACAUGGCCAUGCCAUCAACAACCGGCUUUCGAGUACGCAGCAACAGAAACGCAAAAUGCAAGGAGAGAUACGAACAUUGGAAUUUUGGAGAUCCAUAAUCAGCGAAUGCUUGGCGUCCUUCUUUUAUGUGUUCAUCGUUUGCGGGGCGGCAGCUGGCGCCGGCGUAGGUGCCAGCGUUUCGUCAGUGCUGCUGGCAACCGCUUUGGCUUCUGGACUGGCAAUGGCAACACUAACUCAGUGCUUUAUUCACAUAUCGGGUGCCCAUGUAAAUCCUGCUGUGACUUUGGCUGCAUGUAUCAUACGCGCCAUAUCUCCAGUUCGUGCUGCUAUGUACAUAACGGCUCAAUGUGGCGGCGGCAUCGCUGGAGCGGCUUUACUUUAUGGUGUCACCGUACCUGGUUAUCAAGGAAAUUUACAAGCUGCCAUAUCUCAUAGCGCCUCGCUAGCCGCUUGGGAACGAUUUGGUGUGGAGUUUAGUAUGACUUUUGUCGUUGUGCUUACUUACUUUGUUUCAACCGACUCCAUGAAGCGCUACAUGGGCAAUUCGGCCGUCUCAGUGGGAGCUGCGUAUAGCGCAUGCAGUUUCGUUUCUAUGCCGUAUUUGAAUCCGGCUCGUUCUUUGGGUCCUUCUUUUGUUCUUAAUAAAUGGGAUAAUCACUGGGUUUACUGGUUCGGCCCACUGGUUGGCGGCAUUGCAUCUGGCUUACUAUUUGAAUACGUUUUCAGUUCGCGACGAAACACACGUGCACAUAAAUCGAGCGUGGACAAUGACUCUUCCUCCAUACAUUCCGAAGAUGAUUUGAACUUUGAUGUAGACGUGGAAAAAUCUCACGCACCGGCCAAAUAUUCCCAAGGCACAUAUCCACGUGGUCAAACAAACACUAAAUCGGCAAUUGCAAGUAACACUGGCACCCUUUCUAGUGGCGCCAACUACUGCCAAAACCUCUAUACUGCGCCUCCACUAACUAAGUUCGACCAACCAGAGCCACUAUAUGGAGGUACUCGCUCGCUAUACUGCCGAUCACCCACACUUACACGCACAAAUCUGAAUCGUUCACAGUCCGUUUAUACAAAAAGUAAUACGGCAAUAAAUCGAGAAAUUGUACCUCGUCCAGGCCCGCUGGUACCAGCUCAAAGUUUGUAUGGUAUGCGUAUGACACAAACGCAAACACAGGCACAAUCAUCACAUCUGCAAAACCAGAAUGUGCAAAAUCAGUUGCAGCAACGUUCAGAGAGCAUAUAUGGUAUACGAGGGUCAACGAGACAAUCACAUCAGCAGCAACAGCAACAUCAGCACCAAUCGCAACAGCAACAGCAACACCAACACCAGCAUCAUCAGCAACAGCAGCAGCAACCACAUCAACAACUUCAUCAACAUCAAUCAGCACAACAACCAAGUCACCAUCAAUCUCAGCCACCUAGUCAAGAUAGUCAACAAGGCUUCCAGCCAGUAUAUGGCACUCGUCAUAAUCCUAAUCCACUCGAUGGUAAUAUCAAAUAUGAUCGCCGUCCUGAAUCGGCGUACGGCAUGGCAGUGCAUCGUAAUCGCGGUCAAUCGGCGCAAUCGGAUGAUAGCUCAUAUGGAUCCUACCAUGGAUCAGCAGUAACACCUCCAGCACGUAAUCAAAAUGGUGGUGAACCGAUUCUUAUGUAUGCACCACCACCACCAAUACCAUCAAAUCAUUCGCAAGUAGGCGCACCACCCAUGCGCACGCAAUCAGAACGCAAAGUAACGGCACCAGUUGUGGUGUCACAAUCUUCGCAGAUCACAACCGGCGUUGUCACAUAUGCGACGAAUUCGGGCCAAGGUGUUCCACCACCUCCACAACAGACGACACAACAACAGCCUCAACAGCAACCUCCACCGCAACAGCAGCAGCAGCAGCACCAACAGCAAUCGCAACAACAACAUAUUUUAGUGCAGCAACAUCAAACAUCUCAACAGCAACACUAUGGAAUGUUGCCGAUGCGAACCAAUUGAAGGAAACUCUAAUGAGGUUUCGUUUAUAGGUUAAUGUGUGGGUCCAAAUUGAGACCUAUUGCAUACUUAUACAUAUUUAUGUAGGCAUGUAAAUAGUGCAAGUGAAAAAAGAUGGGUGUAUGGAUAAUCCUGCACAAUCGCUAGAUGUGUGUGUCUAUUGGACGCAAUAUUUCCUGAACUGUUAUGAAAAGUUAUAUACUAGUAUGUGCAUAUGUAUGUAUGUAUGCAUAGAGUGCUUCU